GUUUUGGUUUUGGGUCGAGAUUUUGAGGGUAUUUUUUAGCUUUUUUGAACAAAUUUCGUGAUUUUGUGAUAGAAAAAAAGGUGAUAAGAGCAAAUUAGAAUCAUUUGCAACUCCCGCCGUCGUUCCCGUCGAAAAAGAAGCUUGGAAAACCGUAGAAAAAGCAGAAAACCGGAGCGCGAAGAAAAACCAGAGGAUGGCGGACGAGAACGAAAACUCCUGCGAUAAGUUCGACGAUGUCAAGCCGGACAAGAUGUUCACGCUGAAAAAGUGGAACGCCGUCGCGAUGUGGAGCUGGGAUGUCGAGUGCGAUACGUGCGCGAUUUGCCGAGUUCAGGUGAUGGAUGCCUGUUUGCGGUGUCAAGCGGAAAGUAAAAAGGACACGCUCGGCCGGCAAGACUGUGUGGUAGUGUGGGGCGAAUGCAAUCACUCGUUCCAUCAUUGCUGUAUGUCCCUGUGGAUUAAGCAGAACAAUCGGUGCCCGCUGUGCCAGCAGGAAUGGUCCAUUCAGCGUAUGGGCAAAUGAAAACCUCCUUCUCUGGUCUGCCGGAUUCCUCUCACUCAGUGUUCGCUUUUGAGUUUCUUGAAACUUCAGUAAAAAAAAAAGACAACAAAUCUCAUGCUCACAAUAUAACUGAUUUAUUAGGAUUUAAUAAAUAAACAAAUUCCA